AUGAUGUUAACAUGGAGAGUAAACACAGUCUUCUUUGCAGCUGAUUUCCUGAAUCCUGAAUCAACAAGUUCAGAAAGGAAUAUGAUCGGUGGUAAGGCAAAUCCAGCUGGAUGUACCUUCUUUCCAGAGUCAGUAUCUGUCAUUGGUACUGGAAGAUGUGUAGGUGAGCUGCAGAGGGCUUGGCUUAUAGACACCAAAUCAAGACAAGAUCCUGCAGGAGAGCUUUCUAUGCCAAGAGCUGAGAUGCCGUCCUCAGUGGUCAUAUUUGCAACUUCAAUCUUUGCUUCCAUGAAAAGGCUCUUUAGGCCUGACAAUGCCACCAAGAUGGCGAGUGUGGAGCUUUGGGUGGUGAUUACUACACUGCUGCUGGUUGUCAGGUACCUUAUCGAUUCCCUCGGUGGCCCCAGUUACUCCAGUAAGUACAUGAUAGCUACAUCGCAAAUUAUCUCGCUGUUGAACUACAGCAUGGUGCACUACACCCUUGGGCUCAUGCAACUUUCAGCAGAAAGAGUUAAUGAGUACUUCCAGGUGUGGGCAGUGCUAAUGGUAACCCUGCAAUACAGCGUCAAGAUUAGUUGUCCAUACAGCAGGUCCAAGCAGAUCCCUCUUCUUGACCUCAUGUCCUCCUUCUGGACAGCGAAUCUCCUUCGUGUGCAGACAACCUUUCUCAAGAUCCCUCUCUGGUUGAUCUGGGCUCUCAAUGCAGCUCGCAUCAUUUCAUACUUUCUUUCUUCUGAUAGGGCAGAGACAAGCAACCAGGAGAACACUAGGCUGGUCAGUGACUACAUGAGAUACGAGCACACCCACUCUGAAGCUGGCGCGGACCCUACCACAAUGAGGGGGUACAGUUACCUGGUCCAUGGGGAGGAUCUGCUCCUUCGGGAGCUUCAGCAGCAGAGGAGAACUGGACCUGAGAAGACAAAGCGGCUUGUCUUUGAUAGCAUCCUUCAAGGUAGCAAAUACUAUGAGAGGGCAUUCCGCAUCACAGAGAUGGAGUUGUCCUUCCUCCAGGACUUAUUUUACAGCAGAUAUGCUGCUAUAUUUGCUGAAGGGUUCCCGUUCUUGAGGAUGCUGUUUUCUCUAUUGCUAAUUUCUGCUGUUGGAUAUGUUGCAUAUCCUGUCCGUCACAUACCUCAGCGGAUGGAUCUAGCAGACAAGAACAGGAUUACUCAUGGAGUGUUUAUCACACGCUUCAUCAUUGGCCUCAUCAUUACCAAAGAGCUCUGGGAAAUUUAUAUAUAUGCAUUUGCACCAUGGAGCAAGGUUCAGAUGAUGUGCUUGUAUGUGAAGCAUCGAUGCCUGCGGAACCUGCUGGUGGAGAAGGCAAUCAGGCUGCUGUUCUGUCUAAUUACCAGGGGCAAAUGGAAUCGCAAGAUCUAUCAGUACAACCUUCUUCUGGCUGACUCACAGGGUAUACGGCUACGACGGGGCUUUGUAUCCGUUACGAGCAUCAAGUUGAGUGCAGAGGCACAAAAGGCUAUAUUCGAUUUAUUCAAGAGGCUUGAGAAAGAUAAUAAUAGCAUACAGUCCUACAUUUCAAACGCCUUUGUGUCAAACACAAGUAAUGUAGGGUGGUUUGCAAACUUGACAUGGUCAGUUGAUAAACUGGAGGCUGACACCCACAGAAUACUGGUGUGGCAUAUCGCUACCUGUCUCUGUGAGAUCAAUCUCGCCAAAGAGAUGAAUGUUUUCUGGCUAAGAUCAAGGCCCUUAGUCAGCAAGUCGAGAGUUCCCAAAGAUGCAUGGGAGCACUACAUAACUGCUGUCAGCUUAUCCAACUACUGUGCGUAUCUGCUUACUAUGACACUGGUGCCCGAUACAGGCCUGGCUGCUCACAGAGUCUUGACGGAGGUGCGACGUGAAACAUACCGAGCUACUCGUAGGGUCAAAACCUUGGAAGAUAUCUACGAUCAACUUGUAAUGAUUGUCAAAAAUUCUGUGGAGGAUCCUGCUGCGAGAGCCCCCAGGGAGGAAACACCUCCGGUAGACACUGCCUAUGGAAUAAUGGUGGAGGAACAAGUAAUCCAGGAUGAGGCAAACGAAGACCCUGAGGAACAGAACAGUACUAGCAACAACAUCAGGGUCAUCGAUGAAGAGCACGAUGAACAACCUCCAGAAGUGCCCGAGGGUGAUGCUGGCUUUGACAACACCAUAAUCAAGAUGGGAGCAGAGCUUGGGAUGCAGCUGAUGGAGGCAUACAAGGAGCCAGCCUGCCUCUGGCAGGAACUGGCCAAGUUCUGGGCAGGUUUCCUUCUCCACUUAGCGGCAUCCACAGGAGCAGCCAAGCACAAAACGCAUCUCGAUGGAAACCAGGAGCUCAUAACGCACCUGUGGGCUUUGCUGUCUCACGCCGGCUAUCUUGGGGACGUCAGCCACGGUGAGCAAAUCUUGGAGUCCUAGACGAAGCUGACUGCCGUGCCAAAUUACGCCUAAGCUGACUAAAUUCAAAUAAUAGAGUAUAUGCGUGCCUAAUCUUGCAUGCAUACACAUUGGCGUACUCGCUCAUAAGCUCAUUGAAGGUGUGGUACUCUGUUCGUUGUUUGUUAUAGCCAUUUGUCUGUGACAUACUCUCUCCGUGUGGAAAAAUAUUGAAUAGGUAGAAAUACUAAGAUUUGUUAUGUAACAUUGACUUUCAUGUGGUUUAUAUAUAGCGUAUAUA